AUUCGCUGGGAGACAUGGCCAUCGCACCAUUCCCCGAUCAGCCCUCGCCAGGCCUGAGACCGAUCAGUUCCGCAUCUUCUUCGUUCUUCUCAGUCGCUCAUCGGUCGCCCCCUUGCCAUGUCGCCAACUACUGUCGAAGAGGCAGGCAAGCCCAGGGCGCCUGGCGCCGCGCAGCUGAAGGAAGCCGCUGAGAGGUCAAAGUGCGCUGAGCAGAGCAAGCAGGCUGGGACAGAGACACACCUGAGCGGCGUCCUCAAGUCCAAGCUGGUCCGUAAAGACGAGCGCAAGCCGAUAGCCGAUGACUACGAGUACGAUCUCGCCCACGGCGCGCCUCUUCCGACAUUGGACAUCCUCGGCGUCGACAUUGACGAGCAUGACGACCCUUCGGCGAUUGGCAAGUGGUUCCUCGAUCAUUUUGCGGCGGCCACCGAGGACGCUGAACAGUUCACAGCUCUCUUCAUCCCGGAUGGAUCUUGGCGCGACAAAGUAGCAUUCACCUGGGACUACCGCACCUUCCACGGGACUGAUGUUAUCAGGUCAGCUGCGGCUGAUUUGCUACCCCUCAUCCCGGUGUCAGAUCUCAAGCUCCUAGCCCCGGCGACGAUCGUUCGCCUCUGGCGCGACCUAGCUUGGAUUGCGGUGCACUUCACCUUCCACACAGAUCGCAUCUCAGCCAGUGGUGUUGCGAAUCUCGUGAAGACCAAGGAGGGCUUCAAAGUCUGGACGCUCUGCACUGCCAUCGAGGGGCUUCUCAGAUUUCCAGAAGCUCCAAGUCACGAUGGGCAUCCAGUCGGUGAUCUCUCAUGGGCGGAGCAGCGACAGACAGAGAUCGACUUCGGCAAUCGUGACCCCGACGUCGUCAUCAUCGGCGGAGGACACAAUGGUCUGAUGCUGGCUGCCCGACUGAAAGCCCUCGGUGUCUCAUCCCUUAUCAUUGAGAGGAACGCUCGAAUUGGUGACACCUGGCGCCAGCGCUACGACUGCUUGACACUCCAGUUUCCUCAUUGGGGCGACCACUUCCCUUACAUGCCUUUUCCAGAUCAUUGGCCUACGUACACGCCUGCACACAAGCUGGGCGACUGGCUAAAGUCGUACUACACGGCAAUGGAGCUUUGCGCAUGGACAUCAACGUCAGUCCAGCACGUCGAGCAGCUACCGGACGGCAGCUGGAGCCUGGUGGUUAACCGCAAUGGCACUGAGCGAACCUUGAAGCCGAAGCAACUUGUGAUGGCCACUUCUCUCUUCGGCGAACCCUCCUCACCACCGAUUCCCGGCCGCGAAACGUUUUCUGGCACAGUAAUCCACUCCACGGAGUACCGAAAUAGCGCACCGUUUGUGGGGAAGAAAGUGCUGGUUGUCGGGGCCUCCUCAUCGGGCCUGGACAUCGCCCAUGACCUCGCCAUGCGCGGCAUUGACGUGACCCUUCUCCAGCGCUCUCCAACGUAUGUCAUGAGCCUGACCCACUCCGUUCCCAUGUUCAUGAGCAUGCACAAGCCUAACGGCACCCAGCGUCCCGAUUUGGAGGGGCUCGAUCGAGGAAUGUUUUCGACGCCAACAGCCGUAGGGGAGAACCUGAGCCGCCGGUUCGCGGAAGAUCUCGAGGCGCUGGACCACGAUCUACUGCAAGGGCUUGAGGAGGCAGGGUUCAAGACCUGGCGCGGACAACGAGACACAGGCUUCCAGACACUGGCGUACACGAACGGCGGGGCGUACUACUUUGAAGCGGGGGCGUGUGAGAGUAUCAUCAAGGGCGAUAUCAAGGUUGAGCAAGGGUCACUCGAACGUAUAGAAGACGAUAUGGUUGUGUGGUCGAACGAGGGAAGCGAGAUUUCGCGCCAGUUCGACACAGUGUUGCUGGCGACGGGCUUCCGCCCAGCGAUCGACGGUAUCCGCGCCGCGUUAGGUGAGAGCAUCGCCAAUCGAAUUGAUACGAUCUGGGGCAUCGACUCUGAGGGUGAACUUCGCGGCGUAUUCCGCCAUUGUGGGGUCAACAAUCUCUGGAUCGUCGUUAGCAUUCUCCCGUACGGGCGAUACCAUUCCAAGCUAGUGGCCCUGCGCAUCAAGGCGAUGCUGGAGGGUGUUCACGGCACAGUCUACCAGUAGCGACCAGACCCGUGGAGUUGUGAGACUUCCCCGCAGUGAAUGCCAGUGACGCUUAAUCUGUCAUUCAGUGUGUCGUGUACGCCUAGUAGUUGUCGAUGGUCGUUCCGACAGCCAUGGCAAUGUGGGGCGCGUCAACGGCUCCUUGUUUGCCGAGAACCUGAUAUCGGGCUGGACGUUAAACCAGCCGUUCAUAGUUGUUCACAAAGGAAGUUGUACGAGAGGAGAGGCCUUGUUCCGGCUCGUGUGUCAUGAGUUUGGUGUC